CACGCAGGCAGAAGCAGCGUGUGUCAGAGUGCUCCUCUCCGAGGGCUGACCUCGCUCUGUGUGUGUGUGUGUGCGUGUGUGUGUGUGUGUGUUUGUAUCUGCAGGAACCGCGCUGUCAGUGUGUGUGUGUGUGUGUGUAGCCGGUGCAGCAGGCAGGCGAAGGGGCUACCGCUGUACUGUAGCUGCUGCUGUCGCUAGCUCCACACCACCGCACCACUACCACUACAGCUACCACUGCUGAGGCUGAGGCUGGGGCUGAGGCUGAUAGUGCUGGGUGCUGUUACUGUUGCAGCUGCUCGGCUCAGCUCGACUCGGCUGCCUCCUCCUCCUCCGUAGCGGCUGCCUGAUACUGCUGCUGCUGCUCGGCUUUCCCCUUCAGCGGCAUCAGCCGAGCCUCUCGUGCCUGCCUGACAGCAGGGGAGAGAGGAGAGGAGAGGAGAGAAGAGGGGAGAGAGGAGAGGAGAGAAGAGGGGAGUGAGGAGAGAAGAGGAGAGGACAGGAGAGGAAAGCAGAGGAGGGGAGAGGAGAGGAGAGGAGUCGGCAGCACAGCAGAGUGCAGCGGUGGAGGAGAGCAGAGCGGAGCGGAGCACGCCUCCCCAGUCCGGCUGCUGACAUGGAGAAGCGCUGCUCAGAAUGUGGGGACCUGAGAGCAGCACAGAGCCUCUGCACCUCCUGCAACAAGUGGCUGUGCUACCAGUGUGCCGACCUGCACCAGCACCUGAGACCCGUACCACCACCCCCACCACCACCACCGCCGGGCCAGGCAUCAGCGCCAGAACUGGGCCUCCUGCACAGGCCCACUGGGCCCGUCAUGCCUCCGGAAACGGCCAAAGGUUCGGAGUGUUUCGGCCAUGCUGGCGCCUCGUGCCCACUGCAUAUUGAGGAGGCUCUGGAGCUCUUCUGCGAGACCUGUGACCUCCUCACCUGCAACAGCUGCCACCUGUCCGCACACAAAGACCACAGAGUGGUGCACACUGGGAAGGCCCUGGAGGAUCAGCGCUGGCUCUUUGAGAGCCUGAUGGCUCGUGCCGAGGAGAAGAGGUCUGUCGUGGAAAGCACCGCUAAACAGAUCGAGGACAGGCUGCACAGCGUCAGAGUCACGCAGAGGAGGGCCGAGAACCAGAUUAAAAUGGCAAAGAUGAUUAUGAUGAAUGAGCUUAACAAACGGGCCAACCUAUUAAUAGAGCAACUGGAGAGUAUAUCCAGCAACUUCAAGCGUCGCCUGGAGGACCAACUGCAGGGGGCGAUAGAGAUGUGCAGUGCACUAGACCAGGUGCAGAACUUCAUCACCUGGGCAACCACCCACCACCAGAGGAGCCCUCUUCUCUUCAGCAAGGAACUGAUGACGUACCACAUGCAGCAGGUCCUGGAUCCACAGCUGCACUCGGACCCUGGAGCUCCCAUCAAGAUCAAGUUCAACUGGGACGCCAGCUUCUGGACCAAGCAGAUCUCAACCCUAGGUCAGCUGACGGUGGAGGAUGGCAGCUGUUCCUUCUCCGAGUCCCUAAGGCACCGUGGUGGCGUCCUGCGCCCCCAGCCUGUGGCCUGCAUCGCCGUGCCCUCCCUGUGCCACGGCCUGCGGGACCAGGGCUGUGCCUACCAGUCCUGCUGCCAGCCGCAGUUCUGCUGCCUGCACUGUGCGCCCCCUCCACCUCCGCCACAGCCACAGCACACACUGGGCAUGAAGGCGGGCAUGGAAAAGAAUCUUCAAGACUCGAACCCACAGCCUGCACUGCCAUGCCAUCACAGCCCCUCCACGCCCCAGUGCCAACCUCAUAUGGGACCCGCUAACCAGUGUCCCCAGCAAGGCGGCAUUGCAAGCAAGCAGUUGGACGAUGAUGCCAGUGCCCAGCCCCUGCCCCAGUCCCAGCCCCAGCUAAGCCCCACAAUUGCCCCUUCUGCUGGGCAUCACCACACCACUGCUCCCCCAUCCCCAUCCCACCACCCCGACAGAGAGGACCACCACCAGAAGCAGCAGUCCUGCCAGGACGUCCACAACAAAACCCUGACAGAUCCCACUACUACUACUACUAUGACCACUACCACCCUAACCUCCAGCAAGGACCCUGAUGCCACCACACAGCUCCACGAAGACCCAGGGGUGGAGGCUGUGGCUGGGGCUGGGAGAGUGAGAUCUCCAGUGCUGGUGGUGGAGGAGGAGGAGGGUGGGAGUGUGGAAUCGUCGUCGUCGUCGUCGUCGUCUCCAGGAGAGAUGGAAGUGAAGCAGCAGCAGCAGACUGAUGGGCGGGAACAGCUGUGCAGAGCUAGAACAGCUGGCUGGGGGGCGAGUGUGUUGGAGAUGUCAACACUGGCGGAGGGAAGGAGGAUGGUGGCGGCUGAGUCCCAGAGCCUAGCUGUCACCACGGCCACCGUCUCCCGGAGAACGCGCUCGCGUAAGGGCUUGACGGAGCGCACGAGCCCCUCACAUCAACACUGGCCCUCAGGGGCCCUCGCGCACCGUGGCCUGGCAACCGCACCUAGGGACCUGCAAGCCACAGCUGAGCAGAGUGGCGGUGCCAGAGCCCAGGAGAAGAGUGUUGGCUUGGCUGUAGCUGGAGCAGUGGGCCUGGGACCCCAGCCAGGUGGCAGCUCCCACAGCCUCACCACCUACAAGACAGAGCCAGAAAAUGUUUGCGUGUACACAUACGACCGACCGGGGCAACGGAAGCACAAGAUGAGAUACAGGAUAGCACAGAAGACCACAGACGGCAACAGCGCUGAUGACAGUGGCAGCCCAAAGGUGCCUGUGGUGUGCCUGGAGAGACUGAAGAUCCUGGUGUCCCGCUGCCCUCCCUGUCACAGCCAACCGCACGUCUCCCCUUCACCUAGCCCCGCCCCUACCCCUAAACCGGACCAUCCGAUUGGACAGCGGGUCGCCGAGGUGCCAGUUCCGCCCCCGCUGGUACAAGAGGAUCAUCCUUCUCCAUCCUCUGCCAGCCUCCAGUCUCCAGAGCCCCCUCCGUCGUCUGAGUCUGCUGCUGUCUCAUCCCCGAGUCCCAGUAGCCUGACACCAAGCCCUUGGCCCGCAGAUGAUGAUGGAGAGGACACCUGCGGCUCAGAGAGAGCACCCCUCACAGCCGUGCCCUCCUCCUCCACUGAUCCAGAGCCUGCCAGCGCACCUGAUAUGGAGUCGGAACCACAGCUGGAGACGGGGUCCAUGACUGAUCUGGGAUCUGAACCUGAGGGACAUCUAGGGUCGGCGUCAGGGCUGGCCAAAGAGUGGAACCCCAGCUCACGGGGCGAGUCGCGGGCAGAGUGCGAGUCGGAAUGUGAUCUGGAGUCGGUACAGCCAGCCGAGACAGAAAUGUCCUCAUCUUCCGGAGCUGACUCGGAACCUGACCUGGAGUCAGAACCGGACUCAACUGCUGAGGUGGCCCUACGUCUAGAACCGGAUCCAGAACGCGAAGCUGCAUCUGAACAGCAGCAGCAGCCGCCAGCAGAGGAGAGGAUGCAGGAUGAAGAUGAGGAAGAUGAAGAGGAGCAGGUCCCAUCGACGAACUCUAGUGCAAUGCCAGAGGAGGAGGAGGAGGAGGAGGAGGUGACUCCAUCGACUCCUCUCAUGGAGGAGCACGAGGAGGAGGAGGAAGAGGAGGCGGAUAUGGAGAAUGAGGACUUCUGUGCGGUGUGUCUGAUUGGUGGAGAGCUGCUGUGUUGUGACCGCUGCCCUAAAGUCUACCACCUGACCUGCCACGUCCCCUCUCUACUCAGCUUCCCCACUGGUGACUGGGUGUGCAGCCUGUGUCGUGAUGUGCAGCAGCCGGCUGUGGAGUACGACUGUGAGAACACGCGGCUCAGUGCCGAGCUCAAGGGGAAGGCCCUGCCAUACGGCCUGUCUGCCCCCGACCUGAGGAAAUGUGAGAAGCUUACUCUGCUCAUCUUCACCCACGGCUUGAGUGCUCCCUUCCAUGAACCUGUGAGCCCGCUGGCCCGCCACUAUUACCAGAUAAUCAAGAGGCCGAUGGACCUGUCAGUCAUCAGGGGCAAGCUGAACAAGUCCAGCCACAUGCACUACUUCAGCCCCGAGGAGUUUGUGGCCGACGUCUCUCUCAUGUUCCGAAACUGUGCAAAAUUUAAUUACCCAGACUCCGAGAUGGCCCAAGCUGGCCGUAGCCUGGAGGCCUACUUCUCCUCCUGCCUGAGAGAGAUCUUUCCCAGCCAGGCCUUCACAGCGGCAGCCACCGUGGAGGAGUCGGACAGCGACGAGUACGAGGACCAGGGCGAGGGCCCGGAGCCGGGGUUCUCCUGGCCCGACCGAAGCAGGGAGCAGAGCCACAGGAAGAGGAAGAGGAGACACUCCCUCAACACCACACGCAGGCAACACCUCUAGUGGCCACUGCCAGGCCUAGCUACCUGGCUGUGGAUGCCGCCGCCAUUUUGGACUGAAUCAGUUAGUAGACAGCGGAAGCGGACUACGAGGGUUUAGAAAGUAAAAGUACUGCCACAUACAUAUGUGUUCCAGCCAACACACUGAACCAGUUGAUCCUAGAUAGCACACCUCUUCUACAAUGUAGACGAGGUCAUUGGUGAAAUCAAUUGUGUUAGGAGCACAGGCAGAAGGAAUGUACCGUAUAUGUCAGGAUUUGUACUUUCUAAAGCCAGUUUGUCCACCUCUGGUAGUCACAGAGCCAGUAGUGUGGUAGGCUGCUGUAUUUAAUAUACUUCUCUGGCCAAAAGUCCUUCACACGUCACAAUCAUCCCUAUUGUGGAAAUAUUUUAAGUGCAUUUAAAAAGCAAGUAUUUACCGUGCUUCUUUAAGACGAUGUACGUAGUUCAUGCCAAUGUAAUAUGCAAUGUUGCCUGCAUUCAUGUAUUAAUAGCCUACUUUAUAUGCCUUUAUAUACUGCCUUUUUAGAACAUGUUUUUUUGUUGAUUUGAAGUAUAAUUGUAAGGUUUAAUAUAUUGUAUCAUGGUCUUUGCUCAGACAAAGUUGAUAUAGUUAAAUGUAAAUGUUGCUAUGGUACUUUCAUAUCGCGUAAUGAAUCGUCUUUUUAUGGUGGAUUAAUGGUUGCUGGCAACGGUGAAGUAGUAACAAUAUGAUUACUAUUAUUAUUAAUCUAUAUUAUAAGCAUUUUAGAUUUUUAAGACCACAAUUUUGUCUCCGUUAUACUCUAUUUAGGUAUUAUUUCAAGAUGUUGAUUUUUCUCUACCUGUGAUAGCUGGAAUAUCCAACAGAGGGCGUUGUGUCUCUUGUGAUUCCAUACAGCAAUGGCAUCAGGUUCACAUUGAACUUUGUGGUUGUCUGAAAAAGAGAUGCGUAAACCUCCAUUCAUCCAAUGAAAGAAAUUGAGCUGGACGUCAGCAUAGAUUAACAUUGUCAGACUAUCAUUACACACAUGUUGUAGUUUAAUAUAUCAAAGACGGUUACAUGAUUCUGCUCAGGUUUGAUGGCAAAAUUAUUUCCUGGGUCAGAUAGAGGUAUAGUUUCCAAUUGGCAGAUGGAAAUGCAUUAAAAGUUGCCAAUGUAUAAAACAGAGUAGAGGAGCCGUUACUGUUGGAGAGUCUGGGAGCUUUGUUGCUACUACACCGUCCGCUUGGUCUGGCUGCAGUCUCUGUGUAGAUUAGCCUUGUUAAUGUUUUCAAAUCCAAUGGGACAUGCUACCUGUGACAAUACUCCUGUAUUAGUGGCUGGAAUGUAUCAAACUUAGGCUACAGACUGAAAUGUAGGCCUGCUGUUAAGCAAACACUGGAUGUGGAUGGCAAUCAAAUAAAUAAUAU